AUGUUCGAGGAGAGGGUGAACGUCUGCAGGUUCUGGGAUCCUCAGUCGGGCGUCUGGCUGCUGCUGCCGCUGCAGUGGGAGAUAAACGUGGAGUUCGUCAAAGCUCGAGUGCAGAGAGUCAUGUCCACCCUGCCGGGCCUGGUGGACCAGAAGGAGAUCACCGCGGCGCUCAGACAGUGUAACUACGACCCUGACGAGGUCGCCUCCGUCUACCUCACCAUGUUCGGAGAAAUCCUCCUGCAGGCGUCUCCCAGCGGAGACCACGACUACGCUGACCUCAACUCCUUCAGAGCCCUCCUGGAGCGGGACCGGGUCAUCGAGGAUCUGAGGCUGAAGCUCCAGACCAAAGAGAAGGAGGUGGACAACCUCUUCCAGAGGAGCAGCUACCUGGCGAGGGAGGUCCGCUACCUGACGGACGUGGUCCAGCACCUGAACCAGAAGCUGGCCGAGCUGGAGGCCGACCAGCAGGAGGCCCGAGAGAAGAUCAGGUCUCUCCUGAACCGCCGGGCUCCUGCCGUCCCGCCCGCCAGAACCGUCACCAAACCCGCCGUGGACCCCGGCCAGCUGCGGCAGGUGAGCGGUCUGACCCGCGAGCUCAACGUCUCCAACAAGCAGCUCCGGUCCACGGUCGGCCAGGCCAUGACCGACAUGAAGAACCAGCUGGAGCAGCUGAAGGGCGCCGUGGGGAAGCUGGCCCAGGUGGAGCAGGAGGCGGCCGGGGAGGUGGAGGAGCUGCGGUCGCUCUACAGGAGGGAGGCGGUGGAGAGGAAGAGCCUUUACAACAAGCUGCUGGAGCUGCAGGGAAACAUCCGGGUGUUCUGCCGCUGCAGGAAGAGCCCGACCUCCAGCUCCUGUCUGGAGAAGACCGACGACCAGGAGGUGGUGGUGGUUCAGAGGGGGAGCAGGAGGAAGUUCCACUUUGACAAAGUCUAUCCUCAGAGCAGCUCACAGGAGGACGUGUUUGCAGGAACUCUGCCGGUGAUCACUUCCUGUGUGGACGGAUACAACGUCUGUAUACUGGCCUACGGACAGACCGGCUCAGGGAAGACCUACACCAUGAUGGGGAGCAAGGAGAACCCAGGAGUCAACAUCAGGUCUAUACGAGAGCUGCUUCGUAUCUGUGCAGAGAACGAGAAGGUCUCCUACACUCUGAAGAUUUCCAUGUUGGAGAUUUAUAACGACACUCUGAACGACCUUCUGACCAAAAGCCCCGGCGCCGCUGCUCUGGACAUCCGAGUCCAGGGGAAGUCGGUGGCGGUCCCAGGACUGACCCGGAUCCAGGUCCAGACCGAGGCUGACAUCCUCAACGUCAUGGAGACGGGCGAGAAGAACAGGAAGAUCGCCUCGACCAAGAUGAACAUACAGAGUUCUCGGUCUCACCUGGUGGUGGCGCUGGAGGUGGAGGGUUCAGACGAGGUGUCGGGACUGACGUCUCGCGGGACGCUCACGUUGUGCGACCUCGCCGGAUCUGAACGGAUCUCCAAGACCGAAGCCGAGGGUCAGAGGCUGGUGGAGGCGGCGGCCAUCAAUAAAUCACUGACGGCGCUGGGACAGGUGUUCAGCGCUCUGAAGUGUAACGCCCUCCACAUCCCGUUCAGGAACUCUAAACUCACCCACCUGCUGCAGCCCUGCCUCAGCGGAGACGCCAAGUGCUGCGUGUUUGUGAACGUGAGUCCGGACGUGAAGGACGCGGUGGAGACACUGAGCACGCUGCAGUUCGGUUCCACCAUCCGUCAGGUUUCACUCGGCAGAGCGACGCAGAACAUCGUCCCGGCGAAGAACAACAAGACCGCCAAGCAGACGACCAACUGA